GGUCGGACACGCAGAAAAUUCGAGUCCGGUUUUCUCCUCGAACAUCUGUCCAUACCCAAAUUGGCUGAGAUUCUUAAGCCUUCCAGAGCCUCUCGCAGGACUCUAUCGCCACCCCAUUCUCCCAUGAGGUUGUGUUAGUACGUGAAGAACGUACUGACUUGAGGAUGAGCGGGGUUGAGUUUAUCGUGGGGACAGUGCUUGCAUCAGUGCCACUAGCUCUCGAGUUGUACGACCGUUCAGAGAGAGCAUUCCAAAUCUUUUCCGUCUUCAAGCAUUACCCAAGAGAACUUCGCAGUCUCAAGACAACUCUGGGCGCCCAGCGAACCAUCUUCCGCAACAAUGCCAUCAUUCUACUCACCGCCAUAACGAAAGACCGGGCGAAGGUUCAGGGGGUCGUCAACCAGCCUUCGUCACAAGCCGCCAGGCAAGCUUUGGCCAUGAGUUCCAUGUAUCAAUGCCAAACGGAUGGCCUUGCCGAAUCAUUUGUCUCCUGCCGUCAAACAGCAGAGCAGAUAAAUGAUACGCUGCAACGAGUCUGCGCGCAAGCCGAGGAUUUUUAUGGCCAUCUGGGCCAGAAGCAGGCCAAUACAACUGCGUCAGACUGGCUGAAGCAUGUCAGGAGCCGCUUUAAGCUCAGUCUGAACAAGCCUCAUAUGGAAAAGGCCAUCACAGAGCUUCGAGACUUCAACAAGGAUUUUGAAUUGAUCACCCAGCAGACGACCAGGAUGCUUGAAGGGAUACUCAAUGACCAGAAGGAAGAGUUCCAUCUCCAUCGGAAAUCGGCAAGGUAUCUCAACACAUUGCAGAGAUACCACCGAGUCCGUUUCGCAUCCAAAGCCUUGUAUUCGACGCUGCAGGUGAGGUGGAUGUGCCCAUCUCACCCCUGUCACGUUUUCGAUCUACGCAUAAUCGACAAUGAUGCUCAUAUUGGCAAAGGCAAAGGCCCCCUCAACCAGAACAUUACCUGCGAGCUAGCCAUCACACAUGACGAUGCAUCGUUGGCGGCAUACGGCCCUCUCAGGCUUGAGAUCGAACAAGCAUGCGAAGACGAAGACGAUGAUAUGGGGGUUGAGGAGGACGGCCACCAUGGCGGCAACAUGGAGCAGUUGACCACCGUUCUGGAGACAAGUGCCGACACAUUCACCUUGACUAGGCCAGCCAAGAGCGUCCGCAUAGACAGAUACGCCAAGGCCGGAAUGAAAGGCACCACCGAAGUACCAGACCUCACGCAGCCAUUUGCUGGUCUCCAUCUCGAUGAACCUGCAAGCACCGUGGCCGUUGCAGCUAGUCCGGCGAGGGACCUGGGACAGCUGGAGGACUUCUGCAAGACAUUCCAUGAGGUAACCAUGGACUCUCUCGGCCGAUCCUUGCUCGGGAUCCUGAAAGACCCUCACGCUCAAUGGUUCUACCUGUCGCCCCCCAAGACCCCACUCGGCACUUCUCAAUCAUUGUCUGACAUGAUAGCAUGGAUUGCCAAAGAACCUCUGCUCAGGUCACUACCACGUCCUCGGCUGGUCGAGCUGGCCGGCGACCUAGCAGAGGGGAUCAUGCAGUUCUACUCAACACCAUGGCUAACCCAGGCAAGCCUGGGCCAGAAUGUGAGGAUCUUUCACCCUUCGGAUCCCUCUCUGGACUCCAUUCAGCUGAAUGGCCCCUACUUUAUGGCGAGGCUCGAAACCCGCGCCAAAGGGAAGAUGAAGGCUACCAGUGUCUUAGACGAGUCGGUAAGCGAAGGAGGGUCCAGGGCGGACUCUGCCGGCGCACGAAAUAAGCUGCUAUUCAACUUUGGCAUUCUUUUGCUCGAGAUCGGUUUCGGGCAGCCCUGGCACGAGCUGAAACAGGCUGUCUCGAAGUCAACAACCACCGGACAACCGCUUACUGAUUACCGGACUGCAGAGAAGCUAGCGCAGCUUCUCGUCAACCGGAUGGGCCUUACGUAUCCCAAGAUCAUCAAGAAGUGUCUCGGCUGUGACUUUGGGCUAGGCGAGACGGAUUUGGACAACGAAGACUUGCAGCGGAGAUUUCUGGAGGACGUGGUGUUGGGGCUUCAGCAACUCCGGGAGCAUAUGAGGGAGAUGAAUUUGUACCCGUUGGGCUAGUUAAAGACGGAAGGAGGAGAGCCAGAGGGAAGCAGCCUAGCCUAUCGUCGACUUCUGGGCCAGCCAAAGAAUACAUGAUCAAGAAAGUAAGGCUCCCAAGGGGAUAGCAAAUGGCAUCAGCGAAUUUGGUGGGGGAGGGUGGUCUAAGCGAUUGGUUGGAUGCACGACAGCAGUAGUGCUAGAGACCUGUUGAGGGUUAGUGGACGAUAAUUAACAGCC